AUGCAGGCGAAGCAGUUUCAAGUAGUAAACUUACAGCCACCGCAGUUUGUUGCUGGUGGUGGGCAGCAAGAUGGUGCUGGUGGUGGUGGUGGGGGACAGCAUACUGGUGCUGGUGGUGGUGGUGGUGGUGGUGGU